AUGGAUGAGACGCAACCAGAUCAAGAUGGAAACACCCCGACCAUAGAACCCAUCCGUUUCCGCGCCGGGAAAAAGAGAAAGGCCUACCGCCAACGGGCUACGGAAGACGAAAGCCAUGAUAUAGCGACGAUUCCUGCUCCGUCCGUCCUGCCAAGCGCGUCGAAGCUGGGGGAUGGCGAGCCUGGAAGAGAUGUAGAUGAUGCCAGCGCAGAAGUACAACCAAGAGAUCUCGAAAUGGAGGACGGCAAUGGCGAUGGCAAUGGCGAUGAUGGCGACGAUCUGGCGGCCGGGGAAUCAGCCGUAGCAGCUGCGUUGCGCCUCCGCAAUGCGCGCCGGGCAGGACGUCGAGGAGGUGUAGGCUUCCGCUCAGAAGGACGAAACCAGGACGACGAAGAUGCAGAUGCAGAGCAUGCACUGGUGCUCCGAGACGCCGACAAGGACGCCGCCAUUGCGCACGACCGCAUCGUCGGCGGCAUCACCAACCGCUUCAUGCACCAGACCGGCCUCCUCACCAUCCUCGACGACAAACACAUGAAUGCAUACAUAGAAUCCCGCCUCGCUAGCCGCUCCGCCGACCCCCAUGGCGCAUCUUCCUCAUCACAGCCCUCCUCCUCGCAGUCCGCGAACCAGGGCCCUCUCGCCGGCGACGCCAACCAGCAGGACAAGUGGCGCGACCAGCCCACCCGCCACGGCAAGCUCGUCGAGGUCGACAUGGCCAACCUCGACAACGGCGCAAACACGAAUACUGGCAACAACAACAACAUCAACGGCCAUGCCGGCAGCAAGCGCCGCCGCGUCGAAAAGGAUGCCGCCAAACCGCCUCCUCGCCGCGGCCGCAACCGCCGCAACAGCCAAGACAUUGCGCGCGACGCCCUCGUCGAGCAAUUCCUCCACGAAAAUCGCCUCGACGUCUACAAUGUCCCCUCUUCCUCAACACCAACAGCUUCCUCCCGCCCCGGCGCGGAUCCCUCCGCCGACGACCGCCUCGCCGAAGAGUUCCGGCAGCAGUACUACGACGAGCAGGCCAUGCGCCGCAAGAAGAAGCGUCCCGUGCAGCAGCAGCAGCAACAGAAGCAACAGACGGGCGAUGUUCUCAAGGGCCCCAAACUGGGUGGCAGCAGGAACCAGAGAGCUGCCGUAAGGGACAUGUUGCUGCAGCAGGAGAAGGAGAAGAGAGGCAAGUAA